UGCGCGCCAGCGAGCCGCGUCUUCGCCAGCAUCUGCCGCCGCCGCGUUUUUGCGAAGCCCAGGGACGGACCCACGGACCGCCUGGCGGACGGACGAGGGCACUCGCUUUGUGCUCAGGUCCAGCUUCAGCGAGGCUCCGGGCUUGCAGCGCGCGGCUACCCUGCCCGCCUGCGGCCACCCGGCUCCGGCGGCCUCGGCACGCGUGGGGCUAGAGGUGCGGGAGCCGCUCUCUGCCGGUGGGUCCCCCGCACCGCUGAACCCGGGCCGCCGGCGCUGCGGCCCCGAGGGCUCUGCGAGCCCCCGCUCCCCGCCGGGCCGCUCCGAGCAACGGUGCUCCUGGGCUCCAAACUCGGGCUGCCGGGGCAAGUGUCUUCAUGAACCCAGAGGAUGUCCGGGAAGCACUACAAGGGUCCUGAAGUCAGUUGUUGCAUCAAAUAUUUCAUAUUUGGCUUCAAUGUCAUAUUUUGGUUUUUGGGAAUAGCAUUUCUUGGAAUUGGACUGUGGGCAUGGAAUGAAAAAGGCGUUCUGUCCAACAUCUCUUCCAUCACCGACCUCGGCGGCUUUGACCCAGUUUGGCUGUUCCUUGUGGUGGGAGGAGUGAUGUUCAUUUUGGGAUUCGCAGGGUGCAUUGGAGCUCUACGGGAAAACACUUUCCUUCUCAAGUUUUUUUCUGUGUUCCUGGGAAUUAUUUUCUUCCUGGAGCUCACUGCUGGGGUCCUGGCGUUUGUUUUCAAAGACUGGAUCAAAGACCAGCUGUAUUUCUUUAUAAACAACAACAUCAGAGCGUACAGGGAUGAUAUUGAUUUGCAAAACCUCAUAGACUUCACCCAGGAAUAUUGGCAGUGCUGUGGGGCUUUUGGAGCUGAUGAUUGGAACCUAAAUAUUUACUUCAAUUGCACAGAUUCCAACGCAAGUCGAGAGCGAUGCGGCGUGCCGUUCUCCUGCUGUACUAAAGAUCCUGCAGAAGAUGUAAUCAACACUCAGUGUGGCUAUGAUGCCAGGCAAAAGCCAGAAGUUGAUCAGCAGAUUGUAAUCUACACAAAAGGCUGUGUGCCCCAGUUUGAGAAGUGGCUGCAGGACAAUUUAACUAUCGUGGCUGGUAUUUUCAUAGGCAUUGCUUUGCUGCAGAUUUUUGGGAUAUGCCUGGCCCAGAAUUUGGUUAGUGACAUUGAAGCUGUCAGGGCUAGCUGGUAAAGCCCCUGCAACAGCUGCUGCAAGACACUGGACAGACCCUUGCCUUCCUGCUCGUCCAGCAUGCUGAGCUGACAUCCAAGCUGCAGGGACCCUGGUCACAGAGGCAUCCUGCCAUCCCACCUGGCUGAGCUGCAAAGAACUUGUGUUUUUUUUGUUUGUUUGUUUUUUGUUUUUGGGGGGAGGGGGGAUAAAACUGGGAAAUGCUGCUGCUCACUGACGAAUUUAAAAAGAAAAAUAACCAUUAUGAAAGUCAUUGCACCGUGAAUCUACUGUAGCCAUGGAUUUAUGGAACGUUGGAAACUUACCCAAAAAAAAAGGGUGGGGGACGCUGAUGUGCUUACAUGGAAACAGAAUACCCUUGGAUUUGUAGGAAAUACCAUGUUCUCUACCUGUGCAAUUGGAGGGCUGACAGAAGUCACAACUUGAAGGGACUGGCUUCUGUGCCGCAGCCUGAGGAAGUACAUCUUUUCUAAAACUCAGUCUCUUAACUGGGAGCGUGUUUGGGGACCUCCCUCCACAAUGUGAUUCAAGCAGCUGUUACAACUGUCAUCCCAAGAAGAAACCAGCUUGUCUUUGAGUUCAUAUUUUGAGGUAAUCGCAUUGAAUAAGUAACUUGUAAAGGGCACACUUGGUCUACUCUGGAGUGUCUCCUUGUAAGGGACGUUGUGUAUUCCAUGUGCACUGAGCCAGGGUGUUGAAACACUUCCUCAUGCUGUAUUUUAGCAGGACCUUUUUCUAAGCAGACCUGAGCUUUAUCAAUGAAAUGCAAGGAGAAAAAAAAUGAGGUAUUAGCCAACCCCCUUCUUACCCCCCCAACUGGUUGUCGGAUUCUUUGGAAACUCUGGAAUACUCUGUGUUGGGGUUUUUGUUUCUUGUAGGUUUUGUUUUGUCUCCCAAAGGUGAAAGCUAUGAUUCAGUUUCUCUUAUAUUUUAAAAUGUUCUCGUACUCAGCUCGACUGUUUUUCUUUUGUGUAAUCCUACCUGCAUGCCCUGUGAAUCAAUCCACCAUCUCCCUUUCCUGCCAUCCUUCCUACGAACAUUUGAAAAUGUUUUUGGUCAGCAUUUAUUUCCUGGGCUCAUGGCCUUUAUGCGGUCGUGGCAGGAAGAGACCAGCUGUGCCAUCGCAAAUGCUUCCAUGAACUCAACAGACUUGUUACAGGGCUGAGCCUCGUGGCCUCCUGCACCCUCUCCCUCUUUCUCUUUGAAUGGAACUAAACCCAAUUCCAAAGCAGUGUUGACACAAUCAAAAAGCUUCCUUUUUUUUUCCUUUCCUGUUUUAGUUUGCCUUUAUUAAAAGAACGCAUGACCCCAGCUCCUUCUGUUCUCUUAUUGUAGACUAACCAUCAGAGUAGUUAACAAAGCACAAACACUUUGGAGGGGAGUACAUUAAGCUGGGGCAAAUGUCUGUGACACAAAGUGGGAAACCACUUGCCUGGCACUGGUGCUGCUGCCCCUGCCCCUGCUCCACUAAGUGGGGCAAGAUUUGCCCCCAGAUUUUCCUCCAACUGGUAUCCCCUGAAUAUGUCCACCAGAUAUUGCUCUCCUGGGGAGCAGAUACUAGUCUGUGGAAUGCUGGGAAAACCACAGGCAUAUUUUACAGCACAUAACUGGGCAGCUAGCUAGCAUGCUUGGUGGAAAUUUAGCAAGGUUUUCCAUUUCAGCCCCAUGUGGCCUCACUGCAGCUGAUGGCUGUGUCAUUGUGCUCAGAUACAGGACAACAAUUCUUUUAAAAUCUAGUCUCCACAGUUUGGGUGUGUGUCUGACUGUGCACGUGUGCUUGUGUGUCUGUAUAGUUAGAGAUGUUUAAUCCAUAUCCCAGCUGUACGAUUAUCUCAUUUCAUCUCUUCCCACACCACAGUUGUUUUGUAAUUUCAUGCCAUCAUGGAGAAGACUUGAGCUCUCCAAUAGGCAUGUUUGUCUUUUUUUGUUUAUUACCUCAUUCUCCGGUGAACUCCACUUGACCAGUUAAUUCAGAAUCAGACGAUAUCCCCACCCUUAGGCACAUCCAGUGAAAGGCCAAACACCAAGUCCAAGUGAAUUAUAAAUUUUAAUCACCCUUUAUUUUUUACACUUGAGAGUGGUUGUCAUAAAGGCUGUCAUUAAUAAACUUGGUUCUACCUUA